AUUACACUCGAGUUGAUGCCAUUUAAAACGUUUGGUGAUGGGGGAAGGAGGGAAGGCAGAAAACGCCUGGAAAUACAAGGAUGUGAUGUCAAACUGUCAGAGGAAAUGUAUGCAAUAAUCUACAGUAUAUGCCACAUAACUGAUUCAUUAUUUAUAAGAACUUGGCAAAAAAUCUCAAAGCAAGCAAACCUCCUCAGCUCAUGGACAUAGGCAGGGGGAGAGGGGAGGGGGUCUCCUUGACUGACAACCCAAAUGUCCUAUGGAAUUCCAGUAACGGUCCAACUGUGCUGAGAAACCCACCCAAAGGCAAUUAAGGGUAAAGUACUACAAAAAUGUUUGAUACACUUUUUUUCUGGUCGAAUAGAAGAAAGGAUGGCGAGAGAGCAAUAGAAUGAAACACUGAUAGCCUGUGAUGGAAUAGAUAGAUAACGGUCCGAUCGUUUACGAAUUUCAAAGAACUCAACGAUAUAGGCUAGCCUACGCAUAACAUUUGUCUUCUCCAAAACUUCGAAUGAAAUAGAUGAAGCGGUGGUCCAAAAAUAUGUCUUAUCGGCGGAAGACAUUGUAAAAAGUUACAGAGAGAGUUUCUGAGCAAGAACGACCACAAGAACGAAUGUUGGACCUAUCCUUGAACGUAUACAUUUCGCGAAAACGUCGAUGUUUUUUUUUUUAAAGGACCAAAGAAAGUAUUAUUAUUAUUGGAUCACACUUAGGUAGAUCUCAAUCUUUUCAGCCAGGGUGCUCUCUUCAUCAGUCUCUCUGAUUUAUUCCGCGUGCUGAGGGGAUGGGGGCCGCUCCGGGUUCGGGCUGGGAGGAGGGGGAGUUCGAGUUCAAGUUGGUUUUUGAGGAGGACCCGCCGCGCCAACUCCGGGGCCCAUCCCCGCUGCGCAACGCGGACCAGGAGCACACCGUCGCAGGGGAGAGGACAGAGAGCUCCCUGUCGCUCCCAACGUCGAGCAAUACUGACAGCCACCUGGCUGCCACUCAUGUAGGCCAGCCAAUCGGCAUCCCUACCCCACCGUCUUCUUCAGCCAGUCAAAGGGCUGGGAUGCAUUCCCCGCCCCCCAGGCGUGCCUUGGUGAGGGAGUUCAGCGGGACUUAUGAGAGUCUUCCAGCGCGAUCUGUACAAGUCUCAGAGUCCCGUGUGUUGGAGUGCCCUAGCAUCCAGAUCACUACUAUCUCUCCAGAGGAUGACACUGCCCCAGCAGGAAGUAACUACUGGGACACAGGAGGUGGCUGGGAGAGGGAGCGCCUCUACCUCCCCCUACUGGACCCAUUCUGCUACCGCGACGGCGGCACCGGCACUGGGUCCCUGAGCCCAAGCCCUGCCUCCAGCCCCUCUUCUCGCGGCUGGCUCAGUCCUGCGUCCAGCUGUGAUUCGCUGCUAGUAGAGGAGGAGGAUCUCAAUGAGGUCACUUCCCAUUUCUGCCUGUCGCCCUCCUCCCGGCCAACCUCCCCGGGGGGUAAGAAGCGCAGGAACUCCCCCCUGGCCUCCCCCUGCACCUCCCGCAGGAGCAGCUACUCUGAGGACCACUCCUGUAACCAGGAGGAAGGAGACCCCACCUUUCAGUCACAGGGUCCCAACAGCAGCUUUGAGCUGAGCAUCCCACAGAAGACCAGGAAGACGUCACUGGAGCAGGUUUGCCCCAGGGAGGUGGAGCAAGUGCAGGCUCCAGCCCAUAGCUCCCACUGCCCACUCCCAGAGCCGCUGCAGCAGAGGAGAGAGGCCCCUUCCAUGGGCAUGGACUACCUGUCUGUGCCCCCUGCUCUGGGCUGGGGGAGGACCAGAGCCAGCGCCCACAGCCCUCUGUUCAGAUCCAAUGCUCUGCCACCACUUGAUUGGCCUCUGCCAACUCAGUUUGACCAAUAUGAACUGCGUAUCGAGGUGCAGCCCCGCCCACACCACCGGGCCCACUACGAGACGGAGGGAAGCAGAGGAGCCGUCAAGGCAUCACCAGGGGGACAUCCGGUUGUUAAGCUGACUGGGUACACAGAGAGACAGCCACUCUCUUUGCAGGUGUUUGUAGGAACAGCUGAUGACAGGUCCAUCCGGCCUCAUCCUUUCUAUCAGAUUCACAGGGUGACAGGGAAGAUGGUGGGCACUGCCAGUCAGGAGAGCGUCCAAGCUGGCACCAAAAUACUGGACAUCCCCCUCAACCCAGAUACCAACAUGACUGCGCUCAUUGACUGUGCUGGCAUUCUGAAGCUGAGGAACUCGGACAUCGAGCUGAGGAAAGGAGAGACGGACGUAGGGAGGAAGAACACGCGUGUGCGCCUCGUGUUCCGUACCCACCUCCCCCUGGCCCCUCACGUGGCCCCGCCUGGACGGGUGCUGGCCCUGCAGGUCGCCUCCCUUCCUAUAGAGUGCUCCCAGCGCUCUGCUCAGGAGCUGCCAGUGGUGGAGUCGGUCAGUCUUACAUCCUGCUCUGUGGAAGGAGGGGAGGAGCUACUGUUGGGUGGGUCUAACUUCCUGCCCAUGUCCAGAGUGCUUUUUAUGGAAAGAGGGACAGAUGGAAAGCUACAGUGGGAAGAGGAGGCACAUGUUGACCGUGACAACAGUAGUGAGUGCUUGCUGUGUGUGCGAGUUCCAGCCUAUAGUGACCUCUCGGUGAGCCGCCCAGUAUCUGUGUGCCUUUAUGUCUCCAACGGGAAGAGAAAAAGGAGCAGCACUCACUGUUUCAAGUACCUGCCCGUCAUGUUUAAAGAGGAGGACCCGCUGCUGUCGCAUCCCUCUGCCUUGCCCCUGGAGGGGGUGACACUCUGCUCCAUGAGGGGGCCCAGCAGGGUGGACAGCGGUGUGCACCGGGGGAAUGAUCCCAUGCUCGAGGAGGGAGGACUGGCCUUCCACCCCCCCUACCCUUCAGCCUGCUCUCCCCCCUACCCCGGCCAGAGCUACCAGGAGUACUGCCACAAGCCGGAAGCUGUGGAGGAGAGCAGAGGUUCUCUGUCGGAGAGACACCCCAGCUUUGAGAACUUGGAGCUGGGCUUCACUGAGCUACUGCCUCCCUUUUACCCCAGAGUCCCCCAGCCUCCCUCCCCCUCCCCUUGGCUGGACUCCCCAUACCUGUCCUCUUCCCCCUCCCCCUCCCACUCCUCCUCUCUGAGUCCCUUCCCCUCCAGCAGCCCCAUCUCCUCCUCCCCUCGUCCCCCCAUGACUACCUCUCCCUUCCCCCACUACCCGUACCCUCAUGAGGUCUGCCCCUCGCCACCUUCCAACCCUAGCCCUUAUCAGGACUUCUACCCACCACCGUACUCCCACUAUGAGGUAUGGGACCACCAGGGCAGGGGACUUGGGGAAAGGGAAGCUCAGGCUGGACCUAAAAUGCAGGAGAGCCCCCUGGAAUUUGCCAGCUCAUCAUCCUUUCACCACAUUACAUUAGAGGAAGUGAAUGAGUUCAUAGGAGAAGAUAUCAGAUCCUUCCAUUCGGGCUCACAGAUGGACAGCCAACCGGGAUGACAAGCUCCGUACUUCCUGUCUUGUUCUGUUUUUAUAGUAUGAAGUGCGUUAUUGAUAUCAUAUCACACCUUUUCCUAUGCACUUGGUUUCUGAUGUAUUGCUCAAGUAUGGCAAUACUGAAUGGGGUUAAAUAAAAGGGCACGGUUGUAAGUAUGAUCGAAGGUCACUGUUACAGUUUAUAUAAGGGAGACUAAUGUUUUUAACCUGUUUUCAAUAUAAAUUAUACAAGUAAAUGUC